UAAAGGUUUGGCUUUUCAAGGUCGUCUGGUGUCUGUGGUUUUCGGUUGUAUAUUUGUUUAUUCUACGUCUGAUGUCUAGCAAGCAUGAAGGUGUGACUUGUAACGGAUGUUCACGAAGAGACUUCAGGUUUAGGCGAUAUAAGUGUCUAAUUUGUCGUGACUAUGAUCUUUGUGGGACCUGUUUUGAUAAUCAACAAGAAACUGAAAAGCAUUUAAAUUCUCAUCCGAUGCAAUGUUUGAUCACUAAAGCAGAUCAUAAUGUAUUUUACUGUGGUGAGAGCUCAACUAAAUAUUCUGUUCAAAGUUUCACUUGUUCAGUAUGUGGCCAGUUAGGCUUUACAGAAUCGUCUUUAUCAAGUCAUGUUUUUACUCAUCAUCCUAAUGCUAUUGAUUCAGAAGUACUUUGUCCAUUUUGUGCAAUUCAAACAGAAGGUGAUCCUAAUCGUACUACACAUGAUAUUGCAAGUCAUUUUAAAAGUGUUCACAACCUUCAACCUCCCGUCAAUGGUAACACCAUUCAGUCAUCACAGUCUGCCAAUAAUCACCCUAAAACUUCAGUCUCUGAAGUUGUUAGCUUACGUACACGACUUAGGAAUCAGUCUGUCAGCUAUGAUCGGCUUAAGAAUGUCAACAACAUUAAUGCUAAUACUAUCACUUCACAACACCAUUGUUCUUCAGCAGAUAGAUCAUGUUGUCACAAUCAGCAUAGUGUAAGUUCGAAUCAUAACAUAUCACAUUCAUUGUCAUCGAAUUCACGUUUUACUUCUGGUUGCAUAGUAGCAAUGAAAAACUACUUAGAAAGUUAUGAAAUUAAUAAAAAUGUUUGUCAUAAUGAUGAUACUAAUGGAUUACUUGACCAACCUACUGACUUAUUGUUACAUAACAAGAAUGAAAUAACUAGAAAUUCUCCUACUGCCUUACAUUAUGAACAUGAUAUUAACGCACUGAAUUCACAAUCCGAAUUAAACAAUGAUGUCGGCGAUAUGAACAAUCGAAGUCCAGUGGUCGAAACUCCGGGAAAUACAAGCCAUUGUACGUCAACUGCUUCUGUUAUUCAAAACUCAGGACCCACCGACAGUCCUUCUUUUACCGAGAAUAUGGCUACUACUGGUCAUCAGGCUGUUAAUCCAACGAUUGAUUCCAACUCUAACUUGGAAUCUUUCACUUCGGAAGUAUUUGACCAUAAAGUGAAAUCAAUAAAUCCUAAUUCUUCAAACCAUUCAAAGUCAUUAUCGGAAGAUUUACAUAUAAAGUCAAGUAAUGAUGAAAAAUCUAAAGAACCAAAUAAAAAACACGUCUUUAAUUCACAUUGUAUGAAUGAUUCCCGAUCAGCAUUACCAUCUGUUGUCAACCAAGAUGAAUGGGAUAUCGAUUGGCACAUAUUUUUGAAUGAAUUAAUUUGGUCUAGUUUGUGUAGUAAUGAAGUCUUAUCGAAUGAUACCUGACGUUUCAUUAAUAUGUAAUACGGAUGCUGAUGAUAUGAUUUAUCAAGAAUAUUUUUAAUGUUACUUUUUUACUUCAUUAGUAUAUUACCCCACUCGAUAAGACUGUCAUUUUAGACUUGCAGUGCUCAACUGUGUAUGGAUGCCGUAUCUCUGGUGUUUGUGUGUCAAACGGCUUUUAUGUUCAUUUUAAUUGUUAAGGAGUAAACGACCUGUUGCAUUCACUGCUUGUACAUGUGAGUCGACUGGUCUAACAAGAUGUGUAUAUACAAAUAUAUAUUCUGAAGUAUUUAUUCAAUACAAAAAAAACAAUAAAUCGUUAGCUUUAUUGUUAAUAUUAACGCUAAACAAGUUACUAAUUUCUUCUGCUUAUCAUAUUCCAUUAUUUUUGGUAUGCUGACUACCAGCACACUUUUCAAGUCCCAUUACAUUUUAUUUUGCUCAGCCCUUCUUGGUUUAACAAAAACAAGCGUAAAAGAAUACUGUGAUUAGUGUUCUAUGUGUUUAUGACAUAUACCAUUCUAUGAAGGUAAUGGUAAAAAUUCAGUUUUUGGAGAAAAUAUUUUUUAUUUCCUUAUAAUAUAAUACAUGAGAUAUACAUAACGUAUAUAAUGACGUGCUCAAUAAUUUUUGUGUAAGAAAUUAUUAUUGGCUUUGAAAUCGACUUUCUACUUUCCUUUCAACUACCGUGUUUUACAUAUACAGUAUGUUUCGCAUUGUAUUGGGGAUUUUAAUAGGGCUCAGUGUACAACCUACUGUGUAAUCUCUCACUAAGACAGUGCUGUCACUACACUGAAAGGUUGAAUCCCACACAUUGUAUGUUCCUUUUAGGUUUGUUUUUAGUAUGUCGCCGAUGGCAAAACUGAAUAGGAAUGAUGGGACUCGGCAAACAUAUAUAAACCCGCUGUUGUUGUGGAACAAUAGAGACGGUUGUAUGGCCUCACUCUGUGUGAAAUAUAUUCUCAUAGUAGCUUUAAGGUGGUAAUAAAUCUCCCAGUUACGCCCUUCCAACGGGAUCCCAACAGAGCUCUAUUCAACGGACCAAAGACCCCUCUAUUGUCAAGGGCGUGUGUUGAAG